GAGGUCGAGCUCAUCAACCGCAACGACGACAGAGGAGAGACCUUAUUCAUCCGGGCAACUCUCACUAAUAAAGCAUCUAUAGUGUCUUCCUGCAACAGUACUUCAAGAUGUCGACAAGUGGUUUGAAGGCGAUUGCCCCGGUGCCCACUGCGGCCGAUUUCUUGGACAUCGUGUUGUCCAAGACCCAAAGGAAAACACCUACGGUCAUCCACAAGAACUUCAAAAUCAGCCGAAUCCGUAAUUUCUACAUGCGCAAAGUGAAGUUCACUCAGGAUUCGUUUGAUGAAAAGCUCAGUGCGAUUUUGGAAGAGUUCCCUAUGCUUGACGACCUCCAUCCUUUCCUUGCUUCAUUAAUGAACGUGCUUUACGACAAGAACCAUUACAAGCUUGCUUUGGGUCAGCUUCGAACAGCUAGACACUUGAUCGACCAAGUCGCAAAAGAUUAUGUCCGUCUCCUCAAGUUUGGUGACAGUUUGUAUAGAUGUAAACAGCUCAAGCGGGCUGCUCUUGGUCGUAUGGCGACCAUCAUGCGCCGACAAAAGGACCCAUUGGCAUAUCUUGAACAAGUCCGACAACAUAUUUCUCGUCUCCCCGCUAUCGACCCUACCGCACGUACGCUUCUUAUCUGUGGAUACCCUAAUGUCGGAAAAUCGUCCUUCAUCAACAAAGUCACUCGUGCGGACGUCGACGUCCAACCCUACGCUUUUACCACAAAAUCUUUGUUUGUCGGUCAUCUUGACUACCGAUACAUGCGAUGGCAGGUCAUUGAUACUCCCGGUAUCCUCGAUCACCCUCUCGAAGACAUGAACACGAUUGAGAUGCAGAGUAUCACUGCGCUUGCGCAUUUGAAGAGUUGUGUUCUCUAUUUCAUGGACCUUAGCGAGCAGUGUGGGUACACCAUCGAGGCUCAGUGCAAACUUUACCAUUCAAUCAAACCUCUCUUUGCGAAUAAGCCCACCGUCCUAGUCAUUAACAAGGUCGACGUCGCUCGGCUAGAAGACCUUGCUCCUGAGAACCGUGUUCUUGUCGAUGAGAUCAUCAACACGGAAGGUAUUCACAAUGUUCAGGUCUCAUGUUACACGGAUGAGGGCGUUAUGGAGCUCAAAAACAAGGCCUGCGAUGCUCUCCUUGAGCACCGUGUUGAUACCAAACUCAAAGGUAAUAAAAUCAACUCCAUUCUCAACCGAUUGCACGUCGCGCAGCCCAAGGCACGAGACGAAGUCGUCCGAGAGCCGUUUAUUCCUGAGGAAGUUAAGCAACGGAAGACAUUCGACAAGAACGACCCCGAACGCCCAAGGCUCGAGAGAGAUAUCGAGGCCGAGGAAGGUGGUGCUGGUGUGUACAACAUCAACCUUAAAAAGAACUACAUGCUUGCCCAUCCCGAUUGGAAGCAAGAUAUCAUACCUGAGAUCAUGGACGGCAAAAACGUUGCCGACUUCAUCGAUCCUGAUAUUUUGGAGAAGCUGGAGGCACUCGAGCGUGAGGAAGAGAAACUUCAAGCGGACGGAUUCUAUGAUAGUGAGGAAGACAUGUUCGAUUCCGAUGAUGAACGUGAGGCGGCAGAAGGCAAGGUUUCCCGGGGGAAGAAGCUCAUUUCGCAGAACACGAAGAAGGCCGGGAAGCACCGUGCACAUCUUCCUCGUACAGCGGGCUUGCGCACGUUAAACGAGCUGACAAGUGGAAUGACAAAAGCCGGCCUUGAUCCUAGCCGGAUACAGGAGCGUGCGGAUGCUUUGGCGAAGGUUGCAGGUGAGAAGCGCAAGCGACAGCGUGAGGAAGAGGCGGAGAUGGACAUCGAUGAAGAAGGCGGUGAGGGUGAUUGGAUGGAUGUGGAUGGCGAAGAUGCUUCGCCGAACAAGCGGGUUAAGUCGAACUCUGGUGCAGUCGUUGCCAAGAAUGCACGGUUACCCAAGUCAAAUCGACAAUUCGCUGGUUUCCGAGAUCAAGCACAAGCGUCUAAGGCGGUUAAAUUACGGAAUCUCGGGCAGAGAGAACGCAAUAUGCACGCAAGAGCUGGCGAAGCUGACCGUGCGAUCAAGACUAAAAUGCCAAAGCAUCUCUUCGCGGGCAAGCGGGGGAUGGGCAAGACAGACCGAAGAUAAUAUAUUCCUGUACUCUACGACUUCUCUUUGGAAUACCAUGUACAUAUUGGCUUUCUUUGUAUCCAUUGCUUCGACUGCCCCAUCAGUCUUGAAAGACUUGAGCAAACGAGAUACAUUAAUUAAACUCGUAAUAUCAUUCAUUCCAAGGCCGUGUCACAUCGUUAUCUACAAGCAGUUACCUAC